CGUCAAAUGCGCAAAAUUAAUUUAAUGGUUUAAUGCCUAAAUGUACUUCGCUUCACAGAGAUCAAGAAAAAUGUUAAAAAUGUUGCCAGUUCAGUUCUUAAAAAACGCAAUUUCAUCAGGAUUGAAUAAUCGACAGUAUGUCAUGCCAAAAUGCUUAAAGAGAUGUUACUGUGCACCAACCUCAGCAACAAAUGAAGUAGUAGAAAAACCCAAACCAACGGAAAGUGAGAGUGACGAAGCUGUUGUGGAAGUGAUUUCACAAAAACGUAGCAAACAUAUCAUAUUAAAAUUUUUUAAUAAUUGUGACCAUGUGACACUGAAUAAACUGCUUUCUUAUAAAGUGACUUUUUUCAAGAACUAUAUUUUUCGUGAGUUUAUGACACCAAAUGCAGGUAACAGAUUUCAUGGCAUUGAAGAUUUUGUCGUAAAAACAGGGGUGCAUGAAAAAAAAUUAAAUGAACUAGCAAAGAUCAUUUUAAUGUUUGAAAAGUUUGAAAACACUAAAACUGGAAUGAAAUUUUUUCAUCCGCCAUUUUUGUGGAAAGAUCUAGAGAAUUUAGAUAAGGUAGUGGCAUUGGAUGUAUUUCACAAAGAGUUUGCAUGGUGUGAACGUAAUACAAGAGAUGGUUAUAUUACUGAUAUAGGCUUCGAGAAGUUGUACUUAAAAGAUUCCUAUGAUCAUUUGACUUAUCACUAUCAGAUACGAAAGUUUCUGGAGAGGAUUCCGGAAUCUCAAGUUUAUUUACUUCGUACAAGCUCUGCUCGUAACAAGGUUGUAUCCAGGCAGGGCAGUAGAUAUGCAGUCCAUCAAGCAGUUGUAGAAAGUCUUGUCAUAACAAUGCUCAAUGAAAGGCAUCAACCAAUUAGCUUAUUAGAUUCUGUACAUCGUCCUGACACUAAAAAUGAGUCUGCUGAACAGAAAAACGACAAAACAGGAGAGAUAGAGAAUCGUGUUUAUUUAUUUGAACCAGUAGCUUUGAAAGAUUUUUACGAUGUUACUUUCCAAAAAGAAUUAUUGGCUGUCUCUGAUUUGUUUAAAGACUGGUAUUACCAGAAGCAUCCAAAUAUACAAAAUUGGGGUUUAAACACUCCAAAAAGGAAAGACUUGUUCAUGAAUCAAGGUGGAGGACAAGUAUCUGUUUGUGCCUUAGUAACAGAUGUUUUCUGUAGAACUUUGAAGAAAAGAGAUAGGUCAUUUCCUCGUGCAUAUACAAGUAAAACAUUAGAAAAAUACCUAGAAGAUUGAACGAUAAACAAACAUACCAGUAUGUACAUUGUACAGGUAUAGCUGCAUUUAUUAACAAUAAAUUCAUUAGUGUACUUAUAGUGUAAUGCAGGUGCAUGACUCCAAUAUGUUAAAUGAAAAAAAAAAUGUAGUAAUGAUUUUUAGCUCGACUAAACGAAGUAUAUGGAGAGCUGUCCUACUUGCCCCGGCGUCGGCGUCCGCGUCCAGAUUUUAGAUUAAAGUUUUGGUGCAGUAAAAUAUUUUUCACUAUAACUUUGUCAUUUCUUAAGAUAUCAACUUCAAACUUCCAAUAUAUGUUCCUUAUCAUCAACCACAUUUUAUGUGACAAGGUUCAUAACUCUAGCACCAAUAUUUUCAGAUUUAUCUCCCCUUGAACUUAGAAUUUUCCUUAAAAAAUACUAUUUUUUACUGUUACUUCUUUAUUUCUUAAGGGAUCACCUCAUACUUUUAAUAUAUGUACCUUAUCAUCAUCCCCAUCUUAUGUUUUAAGGUUCAUAACUCUAGCACCAAUAUUUUCAGAUUUAUCUCCCCUUGAACUUAGAAUUUUCCUCAAAAAAUACUAUUUCUUACUGUUUCUUCUUAAUUUCUUAAGGGAUCAACCUCAUACUUCAAAUAUAUUUACGUUAUCAUCAUCCCCAUCUUAUGUGACAAGGUUCAUAACUCUAGCACCAAUAUUUUCAGAUUUAUCUCCCUUUGAACUUAGAAUUUUCCAUAAAAAAUAUUAUUUUUUACUGUUACUUAUUUAUUUCUAAAGGGAUCAACUUCAUACUUCAAAUAUAUUUACGUUAUCAUCAUCCACAUCUUAUGUGACAAGGUUCAUAACUCUAGCACCAAUAUUGCAAGAAUUAUCUCCCCAUAAACUUAGAUUUUUUUAACUAGAAAAAUGUUAUUUUUUAUAAUGAUUUUUUUAUUUUUCAAGGUAUCUACAUCAAACUUCAAAUACUUAUUCCUUAUCAUCAAUUACAUUUAAUGUGACAAUGUUCAUAACUCUUGAAGCAAUAUUUACAGAUUUAUCUCUCUUUGAACUUAGGAUUUUCUUUAAGAAAUAUAAUAACUUCUUUACUUUUUAAGGUAUCUACUUCAAACUUCAAAUAUAUAUUUCUAAUCAUUACACAAAUGUUGUGCGACAAGGUCCAUAACUCUAGCAUGACUAUUUCUAGAAUUAUUCCCCUUGAUCUUGGAAUUAAUGUUAACAAAUGAGCCGUGUCAUGACAAAACCAACAUAAUGCGUUUGCGACCAGAAUGGAUCCAGACCAGCCUGCGCAUCCACGCAGUCUGAUCAGGAUCCAUGCUGUUCGCUAUCAGUUCCUCUACUUGUAAUAGAGUUGGUUAGCGAACAGCAUGGAUCCUGAUCAGACUGCGCGGAAGCGCAGGCUGGUCUGGAUCCAUGCUGGUUGCAAACCCAUUAUGUUGGUUUUGUCGUGACACGGCUCAAAUGUUAUUUUUUUACUAUAAUUUAAUACAUAAUUAUACAUAAUUAUGCCCCCAUUUCGAAGAAAAGGGGGUAUAUUGCUUUGCACUUUUCGGUCCGUCGGUCCGUAGACCAAAUGGUUUCCGAGUGAUAACUAAAGAACCCUUAGGCCUAGGAACUUCAAACUUGGUAUGGUGAUUGGUCAUGACCAGUAGAUGACCCCUAUUGAUUUUGGGGUCAAGGGGUCAAAGGUCAAGGUCACAUUGACCUUGAAAGCAAAAACGGUUUCCGAUCAAUAACUAAAGAACCUUAGGGCUAGGAACUUCAAACUUGGUAUGGUGAUUGGUCAUGACCAGUAGAUGACCCCUAUUGAUUUUGGGGUCAAGGGGUCAAAGGUCAAGGUCACAUUGACCUUGAAAGCAAAAACGGUUUCCGAUCAAUAACUAAAGAACCUUAAGGCCUAGGAACUUCAAACUUGGUAUGGUGAUUGGUCAUGAUCAGUAGAUGACCCCUAUUGAUUUUUGGGGUCAAGGGGUCAAAGGUCAAGGUCACAUUGACCUUGUAAGCAAAAACGGUUUCCGAUCAAUAACUAAAGAACCUUAAGGCCUAGGAACUUCAAACUUGGUAUGGUGAUUGGUCAUGAUCCGUAGAUGACCCCUAUUGAUUUUGGGGUCAAGGGGUCAAAGGUCAAGGUCACAUUGACCUUGUAAGCAAAAACGGUUUCCGAUCAAUAACUAAAGAACCUUAAGGCCUAGGAACUUCAAACUUGGUAUGGUGAUUGGUCAUGAUCAGUAGAUGACCCCUAUUGAUUUUGGGGUCAAGGGGUCAAAGGUCAAGGUCACAUUGACCUUGAAAGCAAAAAUGGUUUCCGAUCAAUAACUAAAGAACCUUAAGGCUUAGGAAUUUCAAACUUGGUAUGGUGAUUGGUCAUGAUCAGUAGAUGACCCCUAUUGAUUUUGGGAUCAAGGGGUCAAAGGUCAAGGUCACAUUGACCUUUUAGGUAAAAACGGUUUCCAAUCAAUAACUAAAGAACCUUAAGGCCUAGGAACUUCAAACUUGGUAUGGUGAUUGGUUAUGACCAAUCAGAUGACCCCUAUUGAUUUUGGGGUUAAGGGGUCAAAGGUCAAGGUCACAUUGACCUCUUAGGUAAAAACGGUUUCCGAUCAAUAACUAAAGAACCCUUAGGCCUGGGAACUUCAAACUUGGUAUGGUGAUUGGUCAUGACCAGCAGAUGACCCCUAUUGAUUUUGGGGUUAAGGGGUUAAAGGGCAAGGUCACAUUGACCUUGUAGGUAAAAAUGCUUUCCGAUCAAUAACUUAAGAACCCUUAUGCCUAGGAACUUCAAACUUGGUAUGGUGACUGGUCAUGACCAGCAGAUGACCUAUUGAUUUUGGGGUCAAGGGGUCAAAGGUCAAGGUCACAUUGACCUUGUAGGUAAAAACGGUUUCCGAUCAAUUAACUAAAAACGCUUAGGCCUAGGAACUUCAACCUUUGUGUGAUGAUUGGUCAUGACCAGCAGAUGACCCCUAUUGAGUUUUAGGUGAAGGGGUCAAAGGUCAAGGUCACAUUGACCUUUUAAGUAAAAACGGUUUCUGAUCAAUAACUCAAGAACACUUAGGCCUAGGAACUUCAAACUUGGUAUGGUGAUUUGUCAUGACCAGCAGAUUACUCCUAUUGAUUUUGGGAUUAAGGGGUCAAAGGUCAAGGUCACAAUGACCUUGUAAGUAAAAACGGUUUCUGAUCAAUAACUAAAGAACGCUUCGGCCUAGGAACUUCAAACUUGGCAUGGUGAUUGGUCAUGACCAGCAGAUGACCCCUAUUGAUUUUGGGGUCAAAGGUCAAGGUCACAUUGACCUUGUAUGUUAAAACGGUUUCCGAUCAAUAAUAAGAGAACCCUUAGGCCUAGGAACUUCAACCUAGGCAUGGUGAUUGGUCAUGACCAGCAGAUGACCCCUAUUGAUUUUUGGGUCAAGGGGUCAAAGGUCAAGGUCACAUUGACCUUGUAGGUAAAAACGGUUUCUGAUCAAUUUACUAAAAACGCCUAGGCCUAGGAUCUUCAAACUUUGUAUGAUGAUUGGUCGUGACCAGCAGAUGACCCCUAUUGAGUUUUGGGUCAAGAGGUCAAAGGUCAAGGUCAUGACCAGUAGAUACUUUAUAACCCUUAUUAAUUGUUUGAUCACUGGGUCAGAAGUCAUGCAUAAUAACCUUAUCACAUGACUAAUUGGCUGCUGAUAGGGGGCAUACAUGUUUUACAAACAUAUCUUGUUGAUUUAAUCUUUCAUA